UCCCUGUUUAAUGCUUCUUAUGUGGUUGUCCAAAUGCUCAAGUCUAAAAUGAAACCACAUCCUUCCUUCUUCCUUCAUACCUGUAUACAACAUACACAGCUUUUAGUGUUUGUUUUGUGACAGAGUUCAUAUGUUGACCAGAGGUGUUCUAUUACAGGUGAUGAUAGGAUUUGAAGACCUGGCUGUGUAUUUCACCUGGAAAGAAUGGCAGAACAUGAACAAUGCUCAAAAAAUCUUGUACAGGGAUGUGAUGCUGGAGACCUACAGCAUCCUGUUCUCCUUGGGGCACUGCAUGACCAAACCUGAUUUGAUCUUGAAGUUGGAGCAAGGAGUAGAACCCUGGAUGGUGGAAGAAUGCUUGCAUCAGAGCCUUCCAGGUCAGUCUGCACAUAAUGGGCAGGGAGGCCAAAGUAGAAGCAGUGCAGCAGAUGUUGACUGGUGCUCUUUCCAUGAAUUUUUCUCAAGUCUUACUCCUGAUGACAUCUGGAUUUGUAAAUCAGUUGCUGUGAAAAGGGAUGACCUGAUUAGGACCAACCAGGAAUGUCAGGACAAAAGUCUGAAUCUUAAUGUUAUGAAAAAUAACAACACAUCAACUCCAAAGAGAGUUGAAUUAAGAAAAACAUUUAAUUUAUGUUCAAGCCAUAUUCCAAAACUAAAUAUCAGAAAGGGAAAUUAUUUAAGAAUGAAACCUGAAGAAUGCAAUGUAUGUCACAAUGUGUAUCCCCAAAGGGGGUCUGAUCAACUACAAGCUGAAGAGAAAUUUGAUGCCACUAAGGUACCUGGGAACUCUCUCCAGUUCUGUGAGCCUCUUAAUCAGUGUCACAAGAUUCAGACUGUGAAUCAGACAUUUGAGCAUAUUGGACAAGGGAAAGGCUUCACAAGGAAGAUGUUCUUUAAAUCUGAGAAGGUUCAUAAGGGAGAAACCUGUAAUAAGUCAACUAUCACUGUUGGAAAGGCAACUCAAAUAAUAAAUGCUUUCCACAAAAGCUAA